GGGGCGAUGGCGGCGGAGCGCGGCCGGGGCGGCCCCCGGCGGCGGUGGCGGCGGCUGUGAGCGGCGAGGGCGGUCGGCGGCGAUGCGCGGCGCUCCCGGCGACGAUGGAGGACCGGUCGCACAAGGUGCUGCUGGCGCUGGUGAUGCUCUUCCUCUUCGCGGUGAUCGUGCUGCAGUACGUCUGCCCCGGCACCGAGUGCCAGCUGCUGCGGCUCCGCGCCCUCAGCCCCGCCGCAGCCGCCGACCCGUACCGGGCGGAGGACGAGACGCCGGCCCGCUUCGUGCCUCGUUUCAAUUUCUCCGCCGGCGAUCUGCUGCGGAGGGUGGACUUCAACAUCAAAGGGGACGACCUGAUCGUCUUCCUGCACAUCCAGAAGACGGGCGGCACCACCUUCGGCCGCCACCUGGUCCGCAACAUUCAGCUGGAGCAGCCCUGCGAGUGCCGCGCCGGGCAGAAGAAGUGCACCUGCCACCGGCCCGGCAAGCGGGAGACGUGGCUCUUCUCGCGCUUCUCCACCGGCUGGAGCUGCGGGCUGCACGCCGACUGGACCGAGCUGACCAACUGCGUGCCCUCGGUGGUGGACAGCAAGAAGGAGGUGCGGCUCCGGCCCUCCAGGAAUUUCUACUACAUCACCAUCCUGCGUGACCCCGUCUCGCGGUACCUGAGCGAAUGGCGGCACGUGCAGCGAGGAGCCACGUGGAAGGCGUCCCUGCACGUCUGCGACGGGCGCUCGCCGACCACCGAGGAGCUGCCCAGCUGCUACACGGGGGACGACUGGUCGGGCUGCUCCCUGCAGGAGUUCAUGGAUUGCCCCUACAACCUCGCCAACAACCGCCAGGUCCGCAUGCUGUCCGACCUCAGCCUGGUGGGAUGCUACAACUUGUCGGUCAUGCCGGAGGAGCAGAGAAACAAGGUUCUGCUGGACAGUGCCAAGGAGAACCUGAAGCGCAUGGCCUUCUUCGGCCUUACCGAAUUUCAGAGGAAGACUCAGUAUCUCUUUGAGAAGACUUUUAACAUGAACUUCAUCUCGCCGUUCACGCAGUACAAUAGCACAAGGGCCUCCAGCGUGGAGAUAGACGAGCAGACUCAGCAGCGCAUCGAGGCCCUCAAUUUUUUAGACAUGGAAUUGUACGAUUAUGCAAAAGACCUGUUUUUGCAACGCUACCAGUACAUGAGGCAGAAGGAGCACCAGGAGGCGCGGCGGAAACGCCAGGAGCAGCGCAAGAUCCUGCGGGCGAAGCAGGCGCACCUGCGGGAGCAGGGAGAGAACAGCUCCAGCACGGACUACCUGGGGAACGUGGAGCGGUGGCGGUAGGGGAACGCUCUCAGGACACCGAAAGCAAAGCGGAACCCAGCGCCCACAUGGGAGCUGGUGGAGGUCCAGAUGGAGGGCGCUUCUGGAAGCAAAAAGAGGUUAAAACGUUGCCUUUGCAGUUGCCUUUGCAGUAAAUGUCGUACUGUACGUGGAACACUUUAAUCCUAGUGUGUAAUUAAAUUGUCCUUCUUAGGUUUGUUGGAUUAUUUAUGGGAUGCGGGAGCCAAGGAAGCUCAUCGGAAAUGGUUGCUUGGACGUUCAUUUAAAACAAACAAACAAAAAAAGUCCUUAAAUUAGUGAUGAAUACAAAACGGGAUGCUGGCAAAUGUCUCUGAUGCUCUGCUGAAAUCGAUCUGGGAAGCAGUCUCAUUUCCUAGCAGUGAGCAUUUCUCAUACUCUCACAAUACGGUAUACGAGCAAAACCUUUUCCUUUUGAUCUUAUCUUAAUUUGAUUUAAUGAUGGGCUUUCGAAGGGCACCGCCUGAUGGUGGUAUUUGCCGAGUUAGUGAAUGGACAGCGAAGGGAACAGUAAAGGUCUGGGAAAAAAUACCGACCGGUUUUAUGUACAACAUCGGCUUUCAGAAGGGUACAGAAGUGAUUUCUCUCGUUCUAUCAAUAUUAACAGUUUUAAACCUUUUUCUACCUGCCGCUGUUCAGAGUUUUCAGCUCUGUCUCAUCCUGGAAGCACCAAACACGCUGUUCUGAGCUCAAUGCCAACGUUGGAGACACGGCUUCCGCAGCCUGCAGGGCGCUGUGAUUUGAGCCAUUCUGGAGGAGUUACAUCCUCGUGUUUCAUAAAGCCUUUUCCAAAUUACGAUCCCAUGACGGUAUCUGACUGUAAGUCCUUCUUACCCAUUAGAGUACAUAAUGCUGAGCUUAUCAUUCCUUAAUAAUGGGUGAUAUAAACUAGAUGAGAUCGCGUUGCGGCUCUUUGUAUGGCGUCUCUAAGAAGUCAUGAAGCUCUCUAAUCCCAGCAAUAUUAUAAAGAGAAUCGCUCGACUGAAGAAGUAGAUUUAAACUUGAAUUAGGAUUUACCUCCAGUAAAUCUUUGCUACACAGUGUAAAAAUAGGGCUUUUUUUUUUCUUUUUCUACGCUCUCGAGCCCUUCUUAGUGCCGACAGGUUAGCGAUGACUGGAACAAUGGGAAGAAGUAUUCCAUAGCCAUAGCUACAUGGGAUGGCGGGGCACUGCUGGAGCGGGAGGUGAGGGGCUCCUGUAAUCUCUAUGCAAAAAACAAGCCUAUGAAACAAAAAAAAAAGAAACCCACCUCUGUAAGGCUUUGGUUCUCGAGGCUGUGCGGUCGCAGGCUCUGCGCGUGGGCUGCAGCGCUCUCGAGCUUCGCACCAUCUCAGUCCUCGGCUCCCUCGCACUAUCUCCUGUAAUAGUGGAUAAGCAAAGAGGGGCACAGAGUGAGGACGGGGGCUGUAGGAGCGUGGCCCAGCUCUGUGCUCCGUGCCGCAGCCUGGGCACACCCCAACCCUGCAGCAGCAGUGGGCAGAGGAGCACUGCGCCACAUACAGCAGUUCUUUGUGUUUGCUUUUUUUAAUUACUCUUGUUUUAACGAGAAUCGCAGUUGCCAAUAGGACGUCUCCGUUGGAUUUUGGUUUUGGCAGGGGGGGAAGUUAAGGUGCUCUUGAAACUGAAAGGCGCUGCUGUAAACAGGGCUGAACUGGGAGCGAGCUGAGGGCCCAUUGCAGAAGGUGCAUUUUGUUAUCCUGCUGUGGUGUGCAUGGUUUACAGCGACUAGUUGCAUUUCCUUUGUGUAUACUGUCAAUUGUAUAUAGAGGAUGUACCAAUAUAAGGAUACCGUUUUGUCAUAAUCAUAUCAAAUUCUGCUGAUUCCCACUGUAGAUGCUGUCUUACCGUGUAGAUUUACAAUCUACUGACUUUGAUUGUGUAAUUUAACAAUAGAACCGAUAAAUAAAACUUAACUGCAGCCUUC